AUGGCAAAACCACUCCUAGGUCGCCGGAAUAUGGAGAGCAAUCCAGAUCUCGCCCCGGCUGCUGGCCGAACCGUAGGGAUCCUGGGAAGUGGAGACUUUGCACGCUCGUUGGCUACACGGCUGGUGUACUCGGGUUUCCAGGUGGUGGUCGGAAGCCGCAAUCCAAAGCGCUGCGCGGGCCUCUUUCCUUCAGCAGCUGAAGUAACUGCCCAGGCGGAUGCUGCAAAGAAGACGGAUGUUAUUUUUGUGGCAGUUUUCAGGGAACAUUACUCCACGCUCUGUGACCUGACGGAUGUGCUGGCUGGCAAAAUACUGGUGGAUGUCAGCAACAACACUGAAAUUAACCAUCACAAAGAAUCAAAUGCCGAGUACUUGGCUUCUCUUUUCCCAGCCUGCACUGUCGUCAAAGGAUUUAACGUGAUAUCUGCAUGGACCUUACAGUCAGGUCCCAGAGACGGGAAUAAGCAGGUCUUGAUUUGCUGUGAUAAUCAAGAAGCCAAGCGUAUAGUCGCUGAAAUUGCUCAAGUCAUGGGGUUCACCCCUGUGGACAUGGGCUCCUUGUCUUCAGCCUGCGAGAUCGAGAACAUUCCCCUGCGCCUCCUCCCAGCUUGGAAAAUCCCUGUCUUUUUGGCCCUGGGUCUCUUUCUCUGUUUCUACACCUACAACUUCAUCAGACAAGUCUUACACCCUUACAUCCGGGAGCAGAAAAACAAGUUCUACAAGAUCCCAGUGGAGGUGGUCAAUAGCACGCUGCCCUGCGUAGCCUACGUCAUGCUCUCUCUCGUUUAUCUACCCGGGGUCCUGGCCGCCUCUUUUCAGCUGCACUAUGGCACAAAGUACAGACGCUUUCCAGACUGGCUAGACCAGUGGCUGCAGCACAGAAAGCAGAUUGGUCUUCUGAGUUUCUUUUGCGCAGCCUUGCACGCCGUGUACAGCCUCUGCUUGCCCAUGCGCCGAUCUCAUCGGUAUCAGUUAAUCAACGCAGCCGUCAAGCAGGUCAUGGAGAAGAAGACUGAUGCCUGGAUAGAGGAGGAGGUCUGGAGAAUGGAGAUUUACGUCUCUUUUGGAAUAAUGGCCCUAGGCCUACUGUCAUUACUUGCCAUAACUUCACUUCCCUCCAUCGCAAACUCUCUCAACUGGAGGGAAUUCAGUUUCAUUCAGUCCACCCUUGGAUUUAUUGCCCUGGUAGUCAGCACCCUACACACCCUCACCUUUGGAUGGACAAGGGCCUUUGAUGAAAACCAAUACAAAUUCUAUCUGCCGCCAAGUUACACACUCACACUACUGGUGCCAUGUACUGUGAUCUUAGCGAAAAUAUUCUUCCAUUUGCCCUGUAUCCACCAAAGACUGCGGCGCAUUCGGAACGGCUGGGAAAAGGGAAGACAUGACCUUGAGAACCCCCUCCAACAGCAGGAGAGCAUCUGCGCCAGAUAAGAAAACGCCCGAGAUGGAGCAAGGAAGAUACGUUCUGGGAGGUGCUGCUGCAGUCAGAGGCACAAAAGACUGAAUGCAAGAAGUGGAGGGAAAGCAACAAGCAGGAAAGAAAAGAAAAUGAUGCGUACAAUAGGUACGCCAUGGAGAGGCUGAUAAAAGUUUUGGAGCAUCAAACUGACAUGCUCCAGUCUCUUGUAAUGGUCCAGACUGAGCAGAUGCGUGCUCGCCCUCCCCUUCAGCACAUUCAGAAUUCUCCUGGCGCAUUCCUUUCUGCUUUCUGACACUUUGUGCUCUCCUCUAAACUCCACCCCCUGUAGACAGCGUUUCAAACGAAAGCUGGACUUAUGCUCAGCUCUGAAAGUCACCCCCCCCAGUACCUUCUCCCCCACCAAGAAUCUGUGUGUCUAUGUGUGUGCGUGUGGUGUUG